UUCGCUCUACCAAGCUUGUCAUCACCACAUCAAGCUCGACGCUCCUUCCAACACUCAUUUCUCGUUACCCAACUGUAGAGCAAGAUCUCCAGAUUCAUCACGAUGGCCGCCUUCAGCAUCAUCGUCAUUGUCGCAGCAUCGCUGCUCGCUCCUUUCACCAUGGCUGCUCCAGCUUACACUCAUACCGCCACAGAAAUCGAUUGGGUAACCGUCGAAGAGACUGUCACUGUUUGGCUUGAUCCGGCCUCUGCCACUUCGCCUCCUGUUGUCGUUGCCGAGACCACCACGGCUGUCGCAACCACCACCACAACACCGGCUGUCAUGGCCCAAGCUACUUAUACCACUCCUUCUUCAGUUGAGACUGCCGUGGCCGCAACACCCACAGUCGCCGUCUCUUCAUCUGCCGCUGUUGUUCCUUCUUCGCCGUCUCCAGUCGCAUCAUCAACUUCCUCAGCCGCCGCCGCCGCUUCUUCUGCUGUCAGCGCCAGCAGCAUUUCUGCAUCUACUAGCGCCGACUGCGAGGGUGAAGGCGAUGCCUGCGUUGGCGACGUCACCCAUUGGGACGGUGGUCUCGGCGCUUGCGGCUGGAGCGUCGACACCAACAGCGAUCUAGAAAUCGCCCUGCCCUACGAAUUCAUGGGCACUCUCUCCAACACCAACCCAUACUGUGGCCGCUCCGUUACUCUGUACAACCCUACCUCGGGUACCACCGUUCAGGCCACCGUUGGCGACAAGUGCAUGGGCUGUGUUGACCGCGCCAUCGAUUGUACCGAUGCCCUCUUUACCGCCAUCACUGAUGGUACUGGUGACGGGCGUGUCAGCGGUAUUGAAUGGUGGUUGAACUAGACCAUCUACCGGAAAAGUGAAUCUGAGACUUUUGACAAGUCGAUCGCUAAGAUGCAUGAACUUGAACAUACAUGCUUCUGGAAAGCUGGAUGAAGAGUAAACAAGACAAAAGGCCCCUGGGGAAUCUCAAUCAUU